GCAGUGCUGUUUUCUCAGCGUCCAGCGUAGCCGCACCUAUCGGCAGCGGAUAAUGAGCUUAGUCGCUCUUGCUUGCGUACAUCAGUGCACUGGGGUCAGUUUUUGGAUUAACACACUCUGCACCUGAGCCAGAAAUCCCUCUUUAUGUUCUUGUUUUGGUAGCACAGCUGACCUUUUUAUAAAGUCAUAAUUGUUUUAGAUCAGCUGUUAGAUCAACAAGAAGUUGUCAGUUAUGGCCUUCAAACAAAUGAGCAGGAGGAGGUGAAGUUGGACAAGCGAAUCUAAGUUGGUAAGACUCCAACCAUUUCAGGUAUCAGGAUAGGGGUUCGCCUGUCCCCAGAAAGAAACAACCUUAUGUUACUCACUAAUAACAAGGUCUCUGAUGAUGGGAGCUCAGCAAAGUCCCUUCAAGAGGGGCAAGUCAUGGUGGACUCCCUCUCAAAGGUGGUGGCAUGUUACCGACACCUGGCUUCCUGUGUUGGUGGCUGCACAGACAGUACGAGUUUGCGGCGUGAGCUCCAGCAGACACGCGAGCGUGCUCAGACACUCACACUGUCCUGUCGUAACCAUCUCACAGCCCGACUGAGGGACAAAACCCUGCCUGGAGAGGAAAGGAAAGAGACAGAGCUACAGUGGGUGGCCUUCUCCUCCUGCUUGGAGCUGUUUUAUGCAGACAUGUGCAAAGUCUUUCACAUGGGAAACUGUUUCUCAGUGGUCAACCAAAGUGCCAUGGUGCAGACAGGCAUUCAGGGAGGUACGACUGAAGUAGCAGCUCGUGCUCUGAGCGUGCCUGAUCUGCAGGAGCAGCAUGGAGAACAUACAGCCAGUGUGGAGGGUCUUGAGCAAAGUCAGCUGGAGCAGGAGAUUGCGCAGGUUGACCUCACUCUGGAAGACAUGGAAAUGAAGGUGAAUGUACUUCGCUGGACAGUGGAGGCUCGUGGGCUCCAGUACUGUGACCCACUCAGCACUGACAGCGCUUCUUUGGGCCUCCUGUGCGCUGACGAGGAGGCACAGGCUCAGUUCUGCGAUCGGAGUCAGAUGUUCGUGGUGAUGCUGUUGGUGGGUGUGGCAGCUAUUGCUUUGGCACUGUCAGCUUGUGUAGUUUUAUUAAUCUGAAUCUACGGUGCGGGAGAGCCUUGAAAGCUCAGAAAUUUUUCAAAGCCAAUAAUGACUGAGGGGGGUUCUCACAUUAAAUUCACAUUUCAGAGACAUUUAUUUUUGAAUUCUAGAUAGAAAGUCAUGUAUAUCCAACGAAUUUUAUGGUUUCAGAAAAACAGAAAGUAUUGUUUGUUUUCAGCACAUUUUAUUAGAUAGACUGCAAAAAGAAGCACAGUCAUCCCCGAUCCUAAUACCCACACUGACAAAGUCAUUCUUUAAUCAUAAUAAUAAAAUCUUGUAAAUAAAUUGCUUUGAAUUGACUUAUUAUAUAACUGAAUGUGUCAAUAUCUAAAGAUACCAUAACUGUUUGCAUGACAUUGUUUUUGUUUUUUAUGUUUUUUUGCAAAAAGAGCACUGUUAAUAUUUUAAGAAAAAAAGGUAAACAAAUAUAAUAAAAUUAUAAUAUAAUUAAUGUUAUACUAUAUGGUAUAUAAAUGGAAAGUGGUAGUUUAGUGGCUAAGACUGUAUAAGACUGUAAAAAAGGACAUUACUUAUAAUCUUACAUUCGGGUGCUUAUGUUAGUUCUCUCACGCCAGUGUUCUGUAUUGUUGAAAGACUAU